AUGUCACCGUCCUUGACCAACGUACAGUCAGUCGCCCAGCCGUGCCUUCAAUCGUUCCAGCAACGGCUUCACCCGUGCCGCGGGCUCGCAACGAGGACCAGUACCGACAGCUCUCUCCUUCAGACCGAUAGUUUUUCAAUAGUCGAGUCAACUGGUUUUGGCUGUAGUAGUCCUGCAGAGAGCGCCGCCGUACAAAGUGCUUUAGCUGAUGUCAGCGCGGGAUUGUUAGCCGGUCAGGUUCCCGAAAUUACCCCGGACGGUUCUGGCGGCACUUACAUGCUUCGCGAUGUGACCGGCGAAUCGCGCAUUGCGGUUUUCAAGCCGAUGGAUGAGGAGCCGUUGGCUUGGAAUUGCCCUCGAGGUAUGCCGCCGAGUUUAACGGGCGAAGGACUGAAGCGUGGAACUCGCGUUGGCGAAGGCGCGUUUCGCGAAGUCGCAGCGUAUCUUCUGGACCAACCUCUUCGCGAAGGCGAUGCAGAGGGUUUCGCAGGAGUGCCGCGAACCGCGUUGGUUACAUGCGACAUCAAAUUCUUCGCGUCUUCAUUGGGCUCUCCAGUCUCAAUUCUAGGCGGCCUGUCUUCUGCUGAGUUCGGUUCAAGGAAGAUUGGUUCGCUGCAGCACUUUGUCCCCGCUAUAAGCAAUUGUGAGGAUAUGGGCCCGGCUCGGUUCGCUGCUUCGGAGGUUCACAAGAUUGCUACUCUGGACAUGCGGCUGGCGAAUACGGAUAGAAACGGCGCCAACAUUAUGGUGAAAAGCGACGGCUCAGAUUUGAAGCUCAUCCCAAUCGACCAUGGAUAUUGCCUUCCGGAGACGUUGGAAGACUGUACAUUCGAGUGGUUGUACUGGCCUCAAGCGAAGCAGCCUCUUUGCGAGGAUGUCAGGGAAUAUAUCGCGAAGCUUGACGCCGAAGCUGACCUGGCGCUUCUACAGGCGGGUGGGUGGGCCGUGAACGGCGCAUGCGCACGCGUGUUUCGCGCGGCAACGCUCCUGCUCAAGAGAGGCUCGGCUGCAAAUCGAACAAUAUUUGAUAUUGGCUCACUGAUGGUUCGCGACGAUCCCGAUGUUCCAUCCGCGUUAGAAGUCAUGCUGGCACGUGCAGAAGAGAAGGCGCUGAGUGGAGCAGCAGGGGGGGAUGCUAUUAACUGGAGUGCUGCUGUACAAAGAACCUUAGCUGACGUCAGCGCGGGAUUAUUAGCCGGCCAGGCUCCUGAAAUUACCCCGGACGGUUCUGGAGGUACUUACAUGCUUCGCGAUGCGACCGGCGAAUCGCGCAUUGCGGUUUUUAAGCUGAUGGAUGAGGAGCCGUUGGCUUGGAAUUGCCCUCGAGGUAUGCCGCCGAGUUUAACGGGCGAAGGACUGAAGCGUGGAACUCGCGUUGGCGAAGGCGCGUUUCGCGAAGUCGCAGCGUAUCUUCUGGACCACCCACUUCGCGAAGGCGAUGCGGAGGGUUUCGCAGGAGUGCCUCGAACCUCGUUGGUUACUUGCGACGUCAAAUAUUUCGCGUCUUCAUUGGGUUCUCCAGUUUCAAUCUUAGGCGGCCUGUCUUCUGCUGAGCCCGGUAUAAGGAAGAUUGGUUCGUUGCAGCAGUUUGUCCCCGCUAUGAGCAAUUGCGAGGAUAUGGGCCCGGCUCGGUUCGCUGCUUCGGAGGUUCACAAAAUCGCGGUUUUGGAUAUGCGGUUGGCGAACGCGGAUAGGAACGGCGCCAACAUCUUGGUGAAGCGUGACGGCACAGAUCUGAAGCUGAUUCCGAUCGAUCACGGAUACUGCCUUCCGGAAACGUUGGAAGACUGUACAUUUGAAUGGUUGUACUGGCCUCAAGCGAAGCAACCUCUAAGCGAGGAAGUCAGGGAAUACAUCGCGAGACUUGACGCCGAAGCUGAUUUGUCGUUGCUGCAUGCAAAUGGCUGGGCCGUAAAAGACGCGUGCGCGCGCGUGUUUCGCGCGGCGACGCUCCUGCUCAAGAAAGGGUCGGCCGCAAAUAUAACUGUUUUCGAGAUUGGCUCCCUGAUGGUUCGCGACGAUCCCGAGGUUCCAUCCGCUUUAGAAGACAUGUUGGCACGUGCGGAAGAGAAGGCGCUGAGUGGAGGAGCAGGAGGUGAUAUUAUGAAAUGUCUGGGUGAAAUUAUUGACCUCUACUUGGGAGUCUAG